GGGAUAUCCUGAUAACUGUUGACAAGAACACAAAUGAACUAAACUUAAAUUCUCUGUAAAGAUGGCGACUGGUGGUGAACCAUUACCUCCAUCGGAUCAAGUUUACGAUUUUGCCUGCACAUCGUGUGAAGCAGACAAUGUAAAUACAGAGGCUCAGUUUUCUUGCAAGGAAUGUGAAAACUACCUCUGCAACAAGUGCAUAAAACUGCACAAUGGGAUUUUCAAGAGGCAUGACGUGCUCGGACUCUUUGAUGUCACUAAGUGGGUGGGGGAAAAGUGUGAAACCAGUCUGGAAAAGUGUGAAAAACACCGGGAGAAGAGUGUGAAGAUGGUGUGUGAGGACCAUGACGAGCUUUGCUGCUCUCUCUGUGUUGCCAUAUCUCACAGAAGGUGUCGCAGCAUAAGACUCAUUGAUGAUAUAGCAAAAGGAGUCAAAAAUACAGACUUUGAUGAAUGUGAUUCAAAACCAGAACAAUUUGUCCAUGACACGCAAUCAGAAACAAGCAGUACCACUGCAAGAAAACGCGAUGAUCCAAACUAUGUGUACAAAACCAAAGCGACACACAUCCACAAUUUGAGGUUAAAAGAUGAGAAUGAAUGCUGUAUUCAAGGCAUAUGUGAGCUACAGACAGGGGAAAUAGUGCUGGCCGAUUGUACCAAUGAUAAAAUGAAAGUUUUAAACAGGGAGUUUAAAAUAGUCACUACUCUAAAUCUUCCACAACACACUGAAAAUAUGUGCUUUGUAGGUGGAAAUGAAGUUGCACUGGCAGUAGAUGAUGCUAAAAAGAAACAUGAAGUUCAUUUUAUAGCAAUUCACAAAUCUAAAGCAAAAUCUAUCAGCAAGUUUGCAGUGGCACACUACUGCAAUGCUGUAAGCUUUCACAAUGAUAACGUGUACGUUGGUUCAGAAUCGUCUGUUUACAUGUAUAGCAAAAAAGGAAAAAUGAUCAAAGUAGUCUACCAGGCAUUAGGGAUUGCAAUGACAAUGAAUGGAAUCCACGCUAGCAACGAUGGACAAAAAAUUUACAUCACUGACUCAUCAAACGACAAGGUGAUAACCAUUAAUAAUUCUGGGACAAUAUCAGCAUGUUGCGAGGAUCAAGAACUCAUACUUCCUGUCAGUUUAUGUGUAAGUGAACAUGGGCAUGUGUUCGCCUGUGCACUUCAGUCCAACUCUGUACUGCAAAUUGACAAAGAAGGAAAGAGAAAGUUAAGAACACUAGUCAGUGGUAAUAAAAUCAACAAUCCACUUGUAGUGUACUUUUCCACAAGGUCACAGCAGCUCAUGGUAGCUGGUAUAACAAAUGAUUUACUUGUAGCUGACCUGAUAUAACUUAAAGUUACUUGCAGCUGACCUGAUUAACUUAAGGUUACUUGAAGCUGGCCUCAUAUGACUUAAAGUUACUUGAAGCUGACCUGAUAAAACUGUAAGCUAGUUGAAAAUAUGUUUACAUUAAUUGAAGGUUACUUGAUAUAACUUUAGGUUACUUUAGGAUGACCUGAUAUAACUUAAGGUUACUUUAGGAUGACCUGAUAUAACUUUAGGUUACUUGAGGAUGACCUGAUAUAGCUUUAGGUUACUUGAGGAUGACUUGAUAUAACUUUUAGUUACUUGAGGAUGACCUGAUAUAACUUUAGGUUACUUGAGGAUGACCUGAUAUAACUUUAAGUUACUUGAGGAUGACCUGAUAUAACUUUAAGUUACUUGAGGAUCACCUGAUAUUACUUAAGGUAAUUAAACCUUAAGUUUGAAGAUGCAACAUUCUUCCUAAGUUUUUUGUUUUCUUUGUCCUUUGUAAGCAUUAAAUAGUCAUAUGACUUAAUUUAGUGAACAGCAUACUUAUAGCCACUGUCAAGAGUGGUGAAGACAAAGUUGUAUUUACCAUUGCUGUUAGUUAACAGUCUCAAAAAAACCAAGACUGCAAUUUCUUCCUUUGGAUUCCAUUUCUAAACUUUUCAAAAAAAAGUUUUGAACAAAUCUGGGGGGAAUUUAAGGGGUUGUCUCUUAGUGAAAUUUUAAAUGUAUUUAUCAACAGUUUUUUUUUUCUUUUUUGCAAUUAAUCAUAAUUGUACAAAAUCAUUUGCCAACAAUUGCUUAUGUAAAGGUAUUUGUAAACAGGCAUAUUCGGGUCAUCUUAACAGCGAGUGUAUGCCAAAAUAUUAUCAGAAUAUGAAUUUCAGUUAAGGUUAUAUUUUACAACCAUUGUGAAACAAGUUAUUACAACAUUAUAUUAAUCACUCUCGUUGGCAUGAUGCUAUGUAAGAGUGUGAUCUAAAUGUGUUGUGGGGAAAACCUGAGUACCUGAAAACCCACUAGUGACCAUAAACUAAACUCACAUGCGCUCAGGCAUUAGAAUUAAACCCAGGUUGCCUAGGUGAGAUUACUGAGUGCAUUUACCGAACAACCAAUUUCAGAUUAAUUAAUAUUUAGUGAGUGUCGCAAAUUAAACUAAAAGUUCUCAUGAUUAAAAGAUAAAAUAAACUUUGCCUAAACUGACCUACAAAGCACUUUGGUUUUGAUAUAAAUAUAAGAUGGCCCUAAAUUGUACAUACUAAUUACCAUACGUGAUACUAUUCAAAUAUAUUGAUGAUUAUUGUUUUGUUUUAAUGCGAGAUAGCAAUAUAUUUCAUCGAGUGAGCACCAAAAGCUGUUUUUCAAGAGUGGCAUGGCCAAGAGUGAAAUAUACACUUUUUGUGUUCACGAGAUGAGAUAUAUUGCGCUCUUACACUGAAAUAAGCAAUUUUUCUUUUUAUUAUAUGCCCUAAAAAAAAUUAAAAGGACAAUUUAUUGUAGUUUUUCAAAAAAUCAUCAAAUUGCAUGGGAACACAACGUCACUUCUGAAAUGUCAUCGUUGAAAUUGCGUCACGGCCCUCUGCGUGUUGACCUUGAUUUAAAAGUGAGAGUGGGCAAAAAUUUCAAAACAGUGAAAAAUAUCAAGUAUAUAUCAUUUAGAUUUCACUGAUAAACCUUUUUAAACCACCAGAAAGCAUAUAAUAAAAUUGUCCAUUUAACUAUGCAGAAGAAAGUAUGUUUUUGCAAAUGGUAUCCUGAACUGUGUAUCUUGUAUGCUUUAUAUAAAUGUAUAAAAGUUGAUUUUUUUAUAAAUAAAUAUACAUAUAGUUUGAGUGUUUGCAAGAAUGUGAUAAUUCAGAGUUACAGAUAUUUAGUUUUCCAAUGUAUUUGAGUAUAAUUACUCCACACAUUUGAAAAACAAGAGGCUCAAAAGGGCCUAUGCUCCACUGGCAUGGCUCUUGUGGUCAUUUUCAAUCCAGAGCAUGUACGUUUUAGUAAUAGGCAACAGAUAUAUAGUUCACUUUCAGUGUUUGGGUUGGCUGAAAACGCUGCACGUUCAACAUCUGAGGACAGGAAGUGUUGUAAGCAGAUUAGUUGCAUGAGCUAUUUUAAUAUGUGCCAAGUAAAGGUAAUCUGAGGGUAUAAAAUAUUUGCUUUCAAAACUGUACUCAUCGUCAAAAUUUCAUUUCUGUAGCUUUAAAAAUAAAAAGUCGGUCAAAGGUCAAAGUCAAGGACAUCCGAGGACAACAUAAAUGCUUGUUUGCAAAACUGUUCACAUGGUCAAAAUUUCAUUACUGUAGCUUUAAAAAUUAAUAAAUAAGUCAAAAGGGGUGGGGCCAGCU